CUCCACACGGAUCCUAUUAAAGCCGGCUUUGUGCCGGCCGUUUCGAGUCCGUCGUCGUGUAGCUCUGAUCGUUAGCGCUAGCUCGCUCCUUCCACACCACGAACCCACCCACCUCCCCCAAACCUAAUCAUCCAUCCGCGCCCUGCUCCGCUAGGGCGAUCUCGUCUGUGGAGGCAGACAGAUCCACCCGAUCACUGCUGAUCGACCUGCCCUCCUCUUCCCCACGAUCCCGUGGGUGCUUUUCCUGGGAUUUUCCGCUGCGUGGCGACCAAUUUGGUGCGACGAAUCGUGUGCUCGCUUUGCGUGUGGAUCUGGUUUAGCACGGCGGAGGGAAGCGUGGAGGUGUUCUGAGAAGAGGGGAUCGUCUAGUGCUCUCUGGGGUUCGAUCUGUUCAUCUUCUUUAGAUCUCGAAGGACUUCGUGAGGUCUACCACUACAAGCUGUCUAAGUUAGACCACCUGCAUCUCGGGGCAUGGAGACUUUGGUCAUCUCCGAGCAGCGCGGUCACCACCACUCCUGUCGCCGGAAGAAGCCAUCAUCAGCGUCGUCGCACUUCUCCUCGCCCCAGCCCAUGCGCGGCUUCCAAUCCGUCAACUGCCGUGCAUUCCACUCCGGCAUCACCAUCGGCAUCCUGCCAUCCCCGUCCGCCCAGGUGGCACGGACCCGCUCCUCACCUGAGCCCAAGACGCCGAAGCAGCAGCUGCACCACGGAAAAAAGCGCAGCAGAGCAAUCUCUAUAAGCCCUUCGACAUCCCCUCCCUCUCGCCCUGAGCUCUGGGCUGGUCCGGGGUUCUCCAACUCGCCACCUCCCAGCUCACUGCCGAUACCCAAGUUCUCCCUCCACCAGAAGCGCAGUGUCUCACUUGAGUUUCCACCUGCUGACCGAUCAGACGACGAAGAGGUGCCUGUGCAUGCCAAUUCGGCACCUUCAUCGCCGACUGCAAACUCAGGUGUUAAUUUCUUUAGUAGUAGUGACACUGCCAUUGCAACGGAAAAUCUGAGGAGGAUCCUUCACUUGAAACUUGAUGAUCACUGAAUGGGGAGUGGACAGUUCUGUGUACAUAGGUUAACUACAACUAACUUGGUAGCACAAUAGGGGUACUGUAGGUGAGAACAACCACCUUUCGAUAGUAGUACUGUAGGUGGGUUAGCAGCAAGCACAGCGAGAAGGUUAGGUGAUAUGAAACUGCAGUAAAGGAUGUGGUGGUGGUGGAGAUUGAUGGGGUGCAUGAGGGCACUGCAGUUUCUGAGUCACCUUUGUAGCUUGUAGUCACCUAUUAAUUUCCAAUGUUCCUUUUAGGUGUUGGUUCUUUAGGCGUUAGAUAAUCAUUUGCAUCCUUGGUACCCGUCAUUGACCAAUAGUGGUAACAUACAUAGUCCUUGCUCCUGGUAGUUCAUGUCAGGCAGGGUAUUGUAGUUUGUCAGUACUGUUCAAGUUUAGAUAACUUUAGCUUACAUCCUGCCAUAUGUGUAGCCAUCCUGCGGAUGGCUGCAUCUCUUGAAACUUGCAUUCUGUCUCCUUGUUGAUUCAUUACCUUGCAUCCGUCUUCUGACUUUGACUCACCAUCCUUCAUAACAUCUCCUUGUGCUCUGCAAAGUGUGCAAGGAUCUCCCUCUACUGGCACUUCUGUUUUUUGGAAGGAAGAUGCUCAGUGGAGUUGUUAUGAAGUCCCAAUUCAAUGUUUGUUCUCCUCCCAUCUGUCUCUAAUUUUAUCUGUGCACCUCCUGUUUUCCUCAGUUCUUUGCAUAUCUAGCAUUUCAAAUUGCAUUCCCUGCCAUCCAAUCUUCAUUUCGUACCAUUGCUCUUGGAGUUGCAUCUAGUGGUGGUCUGCCCUUUGUUUAGGCCAUUCUUUGUACCUCCCGGUCCUUGUUCAUAUUCCUGGAGCAUGCCCCGAUUUUAAUCUUCUUCAUGUAUUCUCAUAAAGGACUUCAUGUGCCAAAGACCAGCAAGUGUGCAGACCUGAAUAUGGUUUGCUUAUCCAAUGCACCAUAUGGUAUACCUGGAGUCCAGAAUCUAUCGAGUUUCUAUCACUAGUUAUCUGUUUUCUUCAGUAGCCCAGUAUAUGCAAGACUGUUAAGUUCUGUGUAAUACCCGCUUGAUUAGUUGUUUCUGGUACCGUUUUAAUGUUACUAUAUGGUGUCCAUGUUGUUUCAUGAUAUUAGUGGAUGCUGUGGCAUUCUGUCUCAUUCUGAAACACUUCAGUGUUAUACCUUCAUGUUAAUUGUAGUCCAGUUUCUGUGACUUGUUUGAAGCUUAUGUUAUAGCAUGGUAAUUUCCUAGAA